AAAAAUGUAAACAGUAAACGUCACCUCUUUUCUUUUCCACGUCCACGUCCACCUCCAAUUUAUCGACGAAUGCGCUCACAAACAACCACAAAAAGUAUACAUAUUAUUAGGGUUUUGGCCUUUUUGAGGCUUCUACUGUAAUAUCAAUUAUUUUGGUGUGGUGAGCUUCAACAUUCCAGAGCCAUGUUAACGAAAUUCGAAACAAAAUCGGCGAGGGUGAAGGGCCUGUCUUUCCACCCCAAAAGACCCUGGAUCUUGGCCAGUCUUCACAGUGGCUGCGUUCAGCUAUGGGAUUACCGGAUGUGUACAUUACUGGAAAAGUUUGAUGAGCAUGAUGGACCUGUACGUGGAAUCUGUUUCCAUAACCAACAGCCUUUAUUUGUGUCUGGAGGUGAUGAUUAUAAAAUAAAGGUGUGGAAUUACAAGCAAAAACGCUGCAUCUUCACAUUACUAGGCCAUCUUGACUACAUAAGAACCACAGUGUUCCAUCAUGAAUACCCUUGGAUAGUAUCAGCUUCUGAUGACCAAACAAUCCGUAUUUGGAAUUGGCAAAGUCGUACCUGUAUAUGCGUACUCACUGGUCACAAUCAUUAUGUGAUGUGUGCCACUUUUCAUCCGAGUGAAGACUUGCUCGUAUCUGCUAGUUUGGAUUCCACUGUAAGAGUAUGGGAUAUAUCUGGCUUGAGAAAGAAAAAUUGUGCUCCUGGUCCUACUGGUUUGGAAGAUCACCUUAAAAAUCCUGGAAGUACAGAUUUAUUUGGUGUGUCUGAUGCUGUAGUCAAGCAUGUUCUAGAAGGGCAUGAUAGAGGUGUGAAUUGGGCCUCUUUCCAUCAUAGUUUACCUUUAAUUGUAUCAGGAGCUGAUGAUAGACAAAUCAAACUUUGGAGAAUGAAUGAUUCAAAAGCUUGGGAAGUAGAUACUUGCAGAGGUCAUUACAAUAAUGUAUCAUGUGCCUUGUUUCAUCCCAGACAAGAACUAAUUUUGUCUAACAGUGAAGAUAAAAGUAUUAGAGUGUGGUGUAUGCAAAAAAGGACUUGCCUGCAUACAUUUAGAAGAGAACACGAAAGAUUUUGGAUCAUGGCUUCUCAUCCAAAUCUCAACUUAUUUGCAGCAGGUCAUGAUGCUGGUAUGAUCAUUUUUAAGUUGGAAAGAGAACGCCCUGCUUACACCGUUCAUGGAAAUCUACUUUAUUAUGUGAAAGAGAAAUAUUUGAGAAGGCUUGAUUUUUCUACUGCUAAAGAUGUUCCAGUUAUUCAAAUCAAAGGUGGUGGAAAAGUUCCAGUCUAUGGAAUGUCAUUUAAUCCAGCUGAAAAUGCUGUUCUUCUAUUUACCCGCACAUCGAAUCUAGAUAAUAGUGUUUAUGAUUUAUAUAUAAUUCCUAAAGAUGCAGAAAGUGGUGAUCAUGUGCCUGAAGUUGAAAGCAAAAGAUCCAGCAGUCUUACUGCUUUGUGGGUGGCAAGAAACAGAUUUGCUGUAUUGGAUAGAGGACACCAGCUUGUAAUUAAAAAUCUGAAAAAUGAAGUAACCAAAAAAGUUCAAACUCCACCGUGUGAUGAAGUAUUUUAUGCCGGUACAGGGAUGUUAUUAUUGCGUGAUUCGGAAAAUGUGACCCUGUUUGAUGUGCAACAGAAGAGAACAUUAGCUCAAGUUAAAAUUACCAAAUGUCGUUAUGUGGUCUGGUCCAGCGAUAUGUCCCAUAUAGCGCUUCUUGCCAAGCAUACUGUUAUUGUCUGCAAUAGAAAACUGGAUGUUUUAUGCUCCAUACAUGAAAAUACACGAGUAAAAUCUGGUGCCUGGGAUGACUCUGGAGUAUUUAUUUAUACCACCAGCAAUCAUAUUAAAUAUACACUUAACAAUGGGGACCAUGGAAUCAUUCGUACACUUGACUUGCCUAUUUACAUAACAAGAGUCAAGGGCAGCCAAGUAUUUUGUUUGGACCGAGAAUGCAAACCUAGAAUUCUAACCAUCGACCCUACAGAAUACAAAUUCAAAUUAGCUCUAAUACACCAUAGAUAUGAAGAAGUGCUUUACAUGGUUCAAAAAUCUCGCCUUGUAGGACAAUCAAUUAUUUCUUACUUGCAACAAAAAGGUUAUCCAGAAGUAGCUUUACAUUUUGUCAAAGAUGAUAAAACUAGAUUCACAUUGGCUUUAGAAUGUGGCAACAUUGAAAUUGCACUCGAAGCAGCUAAAGCUCUAAAUGAUAAAGCUUGUUGGGAUCAUCUAGCAGAAGCUGCUUUAUGGCAGGGUAAUCACCAAGUUGUGGAAAUGUGUUAUCAAAGGACAAAGAGCUUCGAGAAACUAUCGUUUUUGUAUUUGAUUACUGGCAACCUAGAGAAAUUGAAGAAAAUGACCAAAAUUGCAGAAGUGAGGAAAGCAAGGUCGUCUCAAUACCAUGGAGCUCUCCUGCUGGGUGAUCUAAAUGAACGUAUAAAUGUAUUAAAAUCAACAAAUCAGCUUUCUUUGGCAUAUUUGACAGCAGCUACACAUGGCAUGACUGAAGAGGCUGAGCAUUUAAAAGAGGCUAUAGGAGAUGACACAAAAUUACCUGAUGUUGAUAAUCAUACUACAUAUUUGAGACCACCACCUCCCAUUCAGCAAGCUGAAAGUAAUUGGCCUUUAUUAACUGUUAGCAGGAGUUAUUUCGAGAACACUGCAACACAAUCCACGUCAAGCAAGUUAGUAGCAGAACCUGUGGCUACUGAAGCUAUUGACGAAGGUGAAGGUUGGGGAGAUGACGACGAGGAGGUGAUAGAAGCAGAAGACGCAACUCAUGAUCCGAGAGUAUCGGAAAGUGGUGAAGCUGGAUGGGACGUGGAGGAUGGCGAUUUGGAUCUUCCAGAAUCGGGACCUAUUCAGGCUGGGCUCACAGACGGUACUGAUAGUUAUGUGCAUUUACCAGCUCAAGGCCCAUCACCAAAACUAGCCUGGACAAAAUCCUCUCAACUCGCAGCUGACCACAUAUUGGCCGGAUCAUUCGAAUCUGCAUGCCGUCUUCUGCACGACCAAAUUGGAGUAGUAAAUUUCAAACCCUAUGAAAGUUUAUUCAUGAAUUUGUAUAGCAGUUCAAGAACGGUGGUCAACCAAAUUGCAAAUAUACCUCCAGUAUUUAGUUAUCCUUUGAGAAAUUGGAAAGAAGCUACUAUGAAGACUGGCUUACCGACUAUAAGAAUUAAGUUAAAUGAUUUGGUAUCAAAAUUACAAGUCUGUUAUCAAUUGACUACUGGUGGAAAAUUCACAGAAGCCAUAGAAAAAUUCCAAAAUCUUCUGUUGGCGAUUACUCUACUAGUUGUAGAAAGCAAGCAGGAAAUAGCAGAGGCUCAGCAAAUGCUACGAAUCUGCAGCGAAUAUAUUUGUGGAUUGCAAAUGGAAACUUUCAGGAAAACUUUACCAAAAGGCACGCCUGAAGAACAAAAACGCCAAUGUGAGUUGGCCGCCUAUUUCACACACAGUAAGCUACAACCUGUCCAUCAAAUAUUAACACUUAGGACUGCCCUCAACAUGUAUUUCAAGUUGAAAAACUAUAAAACAGCAGCAUCGUUUGCUAAAAGGCUUUUGGAUUUGGGACCAAGACCGGAAGUGGCACAACAAGCUAGGAAAAUAUUACAGGCAUGUGACUCAACUCCAACAGAUGAACUUCAACUACAUUAUAACGAGCACAAUCCCUUCAGUCUUUGUGGUUACUCGUACACUCCAAUUUAUAGAGGAAAGCCAGAAGAAAAAUGCCCGCUUUGCGCAAGUUCUUAUUUACCCAAAUACAAGGGAUGCCUAUGUAAUGUAUGUCAAAUAGCUGAGAUUGGUAAAGAUUGUAUUGGCUUAAGGAUUAGCAUGCAUCAGUUUAGAUGAGUUAAAAAUUGUGUUCUAGCUACAUAGCUUGGUACCAGAAAAUCUCAAAUAGGCCACUGUUAUUAGAUGCCAUGUCAACUCAGGUCUCAAAAAUGUAUAUAGACCCAUACUCAUUCUAAUUAUAGUUUAUAAAAAUAAAUUUUUGUAUAUUUUCCUAUGGGAAUGACUCCUUCCUUUAUAGCACAUUUAUUUCACAAAUGGUGUGCUGAACUGUUUUAGGUAUCAAUGCCAGAAAUUCUUGUCUCCGCAAUCCAUUGCUUUGAAUUUGGUUUUUGAUAAAUGAUGAAGAAUCCACCAAAAAAAAAUUUUUUUACUUCCAAUUCAAACCUCGUUUCAUUUAAAUUAAAGAAAGUUCCGUUAAUGUGAGUUGCGAGUUGAAGGAUGACAAGACAACCAACUCAAUAACAUUUGUCCUACAAUAGUUUUCAUCUAUCCAAUAAUGAAAGUGAGAGCUGCUCUAGAGAUAGAGACCCUCCUAAAACUGUAUUGUUGUUUCAGCCAAUGAAUCAAUGAAUGAGUGAGGUGCUAGAAAUUUGAGAAUGAACCAUAGUUUCUGCCCAAUAAGCAUAUUAUUCAAGUACCAUGCUACGUAAAUAGUAAUAAGAAAAAUCUUUAUUUUUAGAUUUUAUGUCUCUAUUGUAUAUUUAUAUUCAUAUUAAAAUAUAUGUUCAAAAAUAAU